AUUUAUAUAUUUGUUGGGUAUUCACUAUAAACUGAUUAUAGGAAGAAUGCAAAGAAUGAAAUCAAAUGCAGAAAGACAUAUUGGUUGCCGUAAAAGGAGCGAAUGAUUUCAAAAUGGAAGCAUAGAAGGAGAUGUUAAAAUUAUCGGAAAGGAUCGCAAAACUACAAAGACAACAACAAAGUGCCGCAUUUAUUGCUCCUCAAGGAACGUCUGUGGCCAUGUGUGGAAAAAAUUUUUCGAGCUGGGAAGAUAAAGCUUAACAAAGAUUGAUGCUUGGUUAUGAGCGUGGUUCACGUCGUAAUACUCUUCUUCGAUGGUGUCAGAAAGCGGUUGCUAAAUUUUUACGUGUCGAAAUCACCAAUUUUAGCAAGAGUUGGGCAGAUGGCAGAGCUCUAUGCUGCUUAUUGGCUUCUUUUUAUCCUAAUAAGCUCAACAUCGGUGAAAUCUGUUCUCUGGAAGCAGAAGAAUGCUUGAAGCUGGCUCUCAGUGUUGGAACUGAUAUAGGUGUAGAAGUGGAGGUAAAAGUGACUGACUUUAAGAAGGAAGAUCGCCCAGAAUGUUCUCUCGUUAUGAGGCAAAAUAUUUGCUAUUCAGUAGUGCUCUCAAAUCGAGGAAGUAUUCGAACCGGAGCAAGCGACAUACUGUUUGAAAAUGUUGAUUUUAUUCUUUCAAGAGACAAACUGAUCAGAGUUAGUCGAUGUAAUUAAUCUUGUUAUUUUCAUUGUGCGAGUUGUAAAUAUGGCGAUAUUUCAUCGUUUCUGGUUUAUUGAUAAUUUAUAAUAUUGAUAUAAAA